UUUUGGUAAAUACAUUCAUUUAAAUUGGGCAACAGACAGCUACUUGGCACAUUCUCCUGCCCCUCCACUGGAGAGACCUUUUUCCUAAUAAAAAGAAACCUCCUGCUACCUGAGCCUUCCACAGCAAAUCCCAUGAGCACCGAAUACAGCCAGAAGUCGCGGAAGAGUUUCUGUAACCUGGGCUUCGCUUCCUUGAUGGGUGGCAAGCGUCUUGUAAGCUAGCAGACAAGCAAGCAAACAACAAAAAAGGAAAAAGGUGUCGCUUCUCAAGAUGAAUCUGCUGCUCCGCUCAGUUGUCUUCUCUCUUACUGUAACAUUUGCACUGUGUGGAAUCAAAAGUCUACAAGAGCAUUUUGAACAACUCAGCGAAGCUCAGUCUGUCCAUCCUCGUGGGCUCCACAGUAAUGGAACUCUUAGCACAACUAAUCUCUCGCCUGAGUUUCACCAAGAGAAUACGGUGACCAAUGACUUGAGUGUCGAAGAAGAGGAGGAGGAGGACUAUCUUGACCUCGACAGACUACUAAGAGAAGAUGAGGACUACUUUGACAUAAUUGAUGCUCCAGAUCCCAUUUCUGAGUUCAAACAAGGGAAUAUUCUGGAACUUUUCCAAGGAAAAACCAGGAUCCAGCGCCUGAAUAUCCUCAAUGCAAACUUUGCCUUCAACCUUUACCGGAGUCUGAAGGACAAAGCCAACUCCUCAGAUAACGUGCUUUUGGCUCCAGUUGGCAUUUCUACAGCCAUGGCUAUGAUUUCAUUGGGACUCAAAGGUCAAACCCAGGAGGAAGUAUUGGCUUCACUGGGCUUCAGAGAGUUUGUGAACGCCAGCUCCAAAUAUGACAUUAUGACCAUUCACAACCUCUUCCACAAACUCACUCACCGGCUCUUCAGGAGGAAUUUUGGCUACACGCUCAGGUCUGUCAACGACCUUUAUAUUCAGAAACAAUUCCCUGUCCUCAGCGAAUUCAAAAACAACAUGAAAAGCUACUACUUUGCCGAGGCUCAACUGGCCGACUUCUCGGACCCAACCUUCAUUGCCAAAGCCAACGAGCGCAUUUUGAAGCUCACCAAGGGGUUAAUAAAGGAAGCUCUUGUGCAUGUACACCCAGCCACAGUCAUGAUGGUUCUCAACUGCUUGUACUUUAAAGGAACCUGGGAGAAUAAGUUUCCCGUGGAACUGACACACAAGCGCACGUUCCGUCUGAACGAGAAAGAGACGGUGAAGGUCUCCAUGAUGCAGACCAAAGCCAAUUUCCUGGCCACUGUAGACAGCGAGCUAGACUGCGGCGUGCUGCAGCUGCCCUACGUGGGAAACAUCAGCAUGCUGAUUGUGCUGCCGUAUAAGCCGUCGAGCAUGAGGACACUAGAGAAGCAACUGACUCCCCAGGUGGUGGAGAGAUGGCAGAAAAGCAUGACUAACAGGACAAGAGAAGUAGUGCUACCUAAAUUUAAGCUGGAGAAGAGCUAUGAGUUGAUAGAGUAUCUGAAAACACUGGGAGUAAAUGAGCUGUUCACCCGUAACGGCAACUAUUCGGGGAUAUCAGAAGAGAGAAUCAAGAUUGAGAAGUUCAACCAUCAAGGGACUAUUACAGUGAACGAAGAAGGCACCGAGGCUGCAUCUGUGACCACUGUAGGCUUCAUGCCCCUUUCAGCUCAAAUCCGCUUCAUCGUUGACCGCCCUUUCCUGUUCCUCAUCUACGAGCACCGCACCAGCUGCUUGCUUUUCAUGGGAAGAGUUGCCAACCCGAGCAAGAUGUAAGAGCAGAGGAGCUUCCAAGAGGAGCACAUCUAGGCAACCUUAACGCAUUCUAAAUAUAACCAUUUUUAAUAUGCCAAUGAAGUGUGUGUUUAGUCACGAGAGCUAUCGGAUGAAAAACGCUAUGGCACCCAAAUGAAAGAUGAUUUAGCUACAAUUCGUAAAGGUAAUUGUUGCUAUAAAGAACCAAACGCCCUGUUCUGUUUCAACCAAAGCAAUGUGGAGGCCAAUGGCACUGGCUUGGCAAUCUUGGCGAAUGUUUUCAUGGAGAGCAAAUAGAAAUUGGCUCCACUGAGCUUCAAAAAAGGCAGACUUAGUAAGCAACAAGCAGCUUUUCAGUUACUGAAAAAGGAUGCAGUCCAUGUUCUUCCCAGGUGGCCAAAGAGAUUAAAAACUUCAAUGGAAUGGUCGUUCUAUUCUUCAGUAAUAUUAAAACUGAAUGAGACCAAAAUGGAAUGUUGACCAGGAAAAUUAAGUUGGGUUGCACUUAAAGCUUGAUGAAACACAAGGGUGCUACACAAAUUCUUUAGGAGUGAGUGGGAGAGAUGCCCAGAAAACUAGGAGGAAAACAGGAUUCCCUCUUAGGGAGAUUAACCUGGACCAACUACAGAGAAAGAUAGCUGGCUAGGUGCUAUAAAUACCGUCAGAAAGCCCUAACAGCAUAAAACAGAAGGGAAAAAGGUCUUACAUUUCUGGAACUUGGGAUCAGAGAUUGAGAGAUGACACAGUCCUAUACAAAAUAUUACAAAAUCCAAUGUUGCAAUAAUGGAGGAGAAUGUAUAAAAUAGCUGGACUGGUUUCACAUUCAGCUGAACACAGGAAGCUGCCUUAACCCCAGUCGGAUCCCUUGGUUCAGGUGUGGGGAACCUUUGCCCCCCCCCAGAUGUUGCUGAAAUACAACUCCCAUCAGCCCUAGUCUUUGGUCAUGCUUGCUGGGGCUGAUGGGAGGUGCAGUUCAGCAACACCUGGAAGGCCAAAGGAUCCCCACACUUGCCUUUGUUCAUCUACCCUAGUCUCGUCUACUCUAAUUAGAAGUGGCUCCCCACGGUCUCAAGAGAGAAGGGAUUGCUGCUCAAGGGUCUUUUUACCCGGACAUGCCAGGAAUUUAACAUGGGGCCUUCUGCAUGCAAAGUAGGUGUUCCACCACCAAGAUGGGGCUCCCUUCCUAUUAACGUGUGCAAAGCCCGAUAAACACAUAUAAUGAUUAAGGAAAACAAAGACUUAUUGCCAUGGUUAUGUGACAACACUGCCAAUGUCAGCAUCUGAAUUAUCAGUUAAUGGGCUUGCGCUACAGUAAUUUCCAUUUACUUUGGAAUUCAGAGCUUGAUGCUUGCAACAUUCAUAUGUACUGUACACCCACUUUUUUUUAGAAAAAGGCUAUACUGUAAAACCAGUCCCUAGAAAUUAUUGGCUUGGAUCAAGGGAUGCCUUGUGUGAGCAGAAACGCACUGCUGUUUGUUCAAGGCUGUCCCACUUAAUUCUGCCCAUUUCCUCAUCCUGCUGUUGUCGCACCAUCCCUUGCCUUUUGGGGGGAAGAGUGCAGCAGGGAGUUAGUGGGAAGGGAGCCAGGAAAGUCCUCUUGGGCAAGCAGCAUCCUGCUCGCCCACCUCUGGAUCCAACCUAUUAAACUGCAAUUCUCCCCAUUUUCUACACAAAAGCACCGCACAUAACUUCACGAUGAGUAAGAUGCAUCUCUACAGAGGACACAGACUCAAUAGCAGAAAAUAAAAUAGAGACCACUCAGUUCAGAGCUGAACGGCAAGAGAAGGAACACAGCUGCAUUAUUUUUGGGGAUCUAGAUGUAGCUUAACAGUAUUGUUUUGCAAGAAAGCAUACACUAAUUUUCACUCUCUAAAGCUACCUGUUUGAGGCAAGAACAAAUCUGCACUUUGGACAGUAUAGUUGGUGCACUGACAAUUAUGCAACCCAGAGAGGUCCUGGUCCCUCACAGAAGUACAAGCAGUCAUGUACACAUGCAAAGAUUGUUCCUACUUUAUUUUUAAAGAGAUAUUAUGAGAAUGCUUGGUGCUAAAAAAAUGCAAUUAUCUCUGAGAAUAUCAGCAUAAUUAUAAGGUUCCUUCAUAUUUAAUAAAAGGCUGUGCUGAAAACCUG